AUGUCCUGUCGUUCACAGCUAUUUCGCGCCCUCAGAGCGCCCGCCUCUGGUAGCAGGAGGACUGCUUCUUUGAGGGCCAAUGCUCUCGGUAGAGGCCUCGUCCACUCCCAAUCUUCUGCUCGAUGCCUCUCGACCACAGCCGCGAGACUCGUUUCUCCCACGAGGGCUCAGCAGAACAAGCUGACGUCCGAGAUGUACCCGCAACUCGAGCGCGACUCCCGCUUCGCUCAAGUAACGCCUGAACAUGUCGCGCGCUUCAAGGAGAUCUUGGGUAACAACCCCUCCGCCAUCAUCGACGGCAUCAACAAUGGAACCGGCGUAGACGCUGCCGACUUUGAGAUGUACAACGAGGAUUGGAUGCACAAGUACAAGGGACAGUCCAAGCUGGUCUUGAGACCAGGCAACACUGAGGAAGUAAGCGCCGUCCUCAAGUACUGCAAUGAACAGCGUCUGGCUGUUGUCCCCCAGGGUGGAAAUACAGGCCUUGUCGGAGGCUCUGUUCCCGUUUUCGACGAGAUCGUCAUUAGCAUGUCCCGCAUGAACGAGAUCCGCUCCUUUGACGAGGUCAGCGGCUCUCUCGUUAUUGACGCUGGCUGUGUCCUUGAGGCCGUCGAUACGUACCUUGCCAAAAAGGGUUAUAUCUUUCCUCUUGACCUCGGCGCCAAGGGCUCAUGCCACGUCGGAGGAAACGUUGCCACAAACGCUGGCGGUCUGCGACUGCUCCGUUACGGCAGUUUGCACGGUACUGUGCUUGGUGUUGAGGCUGUUCUGCCUAACGGCACCAUCAUCAAUGACUUGUGCACCCUGCGCAAGAACAACACUGGCUACGAUAUUAAGCAGCUCUUCAUUGGCGCUGAGGGAACUUUGGGUAUUAUCACAAAGAUCGCUAUUCAGUGCCCGCAGCGAUCUCCUGCGGUUAAUGUUGCCGUCUUUGGCCUAGAGUCUUAUGAUAAGGCUCAGCUUGCUUUCCGUGAGGCUAAAAAGCAGCUGUCGGAGAUCCUGUCCGCCUUCGAGCUGAUGGACGGCCGCAGCCAGAGAAUCGUGUCAGAGGUCAAGGGUCAGGAUCAUCCUCUCGAGGGCGAGUACCCUUUCUACUGCCUGAUUGAGACAAGUGGCUCCAAUGGAGAGCACGACUACGCGAAGCUCGAGGCUUUCCUCGAGGAUGUCAUGACUCGUGAGGUUAUUGCUGAUGGUGUCGUUGCCCAAGAUGAAACACAACUUCGUAACUUGUGGGGUUGGCGUGAGGGCAUCACCGAGUGUCUCGGCCAUUGGGGUGGUACCUACAAGUACGAUAUCUCAAUUCCCCUCGACGAGAUGUACCAGCUCGUCGAGGAUACGAAGGCUCGUAUGACUGAUGCUGGCCUGCUUGGUGACACACCCGACCACCCCGUUGUUGACGUUCUAGGCUAUGGGCAUAUGGGAGACUCCAACUUGCAUCUCAAUAUUCCCGUGCGCAGAUAUGAUCCCGCCGUGGAGAAGGCUUUGGAGCCUUGGGUGUAUGAGUGGAUCCAGAAGCGUAAUGGAAGCAUCAGCGCUGAGCAUGGAUUGGGACUUGCAAAGAAGAAGUACAUCGGCUACAGCCGAGACGACACCACGAUUAAUGUCAUGAAGCAGAUUAAGAACCUUUUUGAUCCUAAUGGCAUCAUGAACCCCUACAAGUAUAUCUGA